AUGGAUACUUCAACUCCAAAGGAAAUCAUUGUGAAACUCUGGGAUUUCAAUACACUUGAUUCCUCAUUCCAGAAGAAAUAUGCAGCCGUGUUUGUUCAACAGGAUAGGAAAUAUGUGGAUAUGCUGCUACUCAAUGAUAAGAACUGUCAGCUAAAAUUGAUCUAUAACCCAUAUUCAAAGGUCAAGUUCACGCUUAAAAAUCUUCAGAAUAACCAAGUCUAUGGACAAGCAUCCAUUGUCAUGCGAAUGCUAAAGGGGUUGAAAGGCAAGCAAGGCCAGGUCCUGGCCCUUGAUGACUCUACAACUGACGAGAUUCUCCCUGACUCUGGAUUCAGGCCUAGUAUUGAACUUGAGUAUCAGUGGCAUAAACCAGCAUCUAAAGCCAAAGUUCUGCUUAAGAGCAACGAGGCUUAUAAUGAAGGCCUUACAGCAGCUCAAAAUCAGCUGCAAGCUUAUAUAGAUCAACUGCUUGCCCUUCUUAAGGAUCACCAAGAGAUAUCUAAUGAAUUAGAUGAAGAUUUCAUCAAAAGAAGGGAAAACUCAUACAUUGAGUCUAAAAUAGCUGAUCAGAUACAAAGAGUUAAUGAUGAGAAAGACUCAACUCUUUCUCAGCUUGAAACUUGUAACUCUUCCUAUUCUACUGCUGAAGCUUUGCUUCAGAAGUGCGAAGAAAGAGAUGCUACAAGUUGUCAAAAAGUCGAGGAGACUAGUCAUAAUAUUGAUUCUUUAAUAUAAAGUUCCUUGAUCAUAAUAUAGAAGAAGCAAAUGAGAAAAAUCUUCAAAUCAGAAAGUCAGUUGGCUCAACAGCUUCUUUGAGCUCUGAGCAAGCUCAGAGAAGGUUGACUGAUGAAGAGCUCAGGCACAAGAAAAAGCCAGAGAUUGAUAUGGCAAUCGAUAAAAUCUUUUCCUUAGAAAAGGAGCAUUUACAAGAGCUAAACAAAGCAGCUUCUAACAAAGGACUUCAUGAUUCAGAAAAAGCAACCAGAAUCUUCGAUGAAGUCAUCAAGUUGGACAACCAACUUGAUGACCCCCAUGAACAUGAUGCUGAGGUUGCUGAAACUCGUGAAAUUCUAGACGACAAGCAAACAGAAGUGAAGCUCGCCAAUGAAGAAAUUAAUAUCAAAAAUGUGCAUCAAGAAAACCUUGACAAGGAAUAUGCUCAAUGUCAGAUUGAAUUACAACAGAUCAUCCAAAAACGAAGAGAUCAGACUGAGAGAAACUUAAACCUUGAAAGACUAAUCCUUCAAUACGAACUACAAGAAGAGGAAAAGCUAAGAGAAAUAGAAGAGACAAGGCCAAAUGAUAAACCUCAAAUAGAUAUCAGACUGAAAACCUCUAAAAGAAUAACUGAAGAUAGAGGAAUUGAACAUCCUUCCAGAACCAAAAUUAAUACUGAUAAAACCCAGGUAGAGCUUGAGCCAGAAAAACUCAGCUCAGCCUUAAUCGGCCAAAAACAUAGCAGGGAUAAAGCCAGAAGUGAUCUAGAGGAAGGUGAUUCCAAGUGGAAGAGGAAAAUUAACAUCCUGUAUGAAGCAGUAGAACAACUCUUCACUCCGACAGCUGAAGAAAUGGAACAAAGGGCCAAAAUCCAUGAGCUUCUGGAUGAUUUUAGAGAGUGAACACAGAGAACCGAACAGUAUGAAGAUGAACUCAACAAUCUUUCAGGAUCAAUAGCUUACCUUUUAAAACUCAAGGGAUUGAAGGCCAAUGAUAAACCUUCUCCAUCAAAGGAGCAGGUCUUAAAGGUACAGAAGGCAAUAAUAGAUACAAAGAAGGAGAAUAAUGUCAAAGAUUUAGACAUUUCCUUCCAUAAAGCAAGACAAAAUCUUCUUUCAACUGAAUUAUCUACUCUAUCCCAUAAGAGGUCUAUUCACCAAUCAACAAAAUCCAAACUAAAGGCCACCUUACAAGAACUAAAACAGACAGAAAUCCAAGAUCAUCCCUCGCCAGCACACAACGGCUCUAGUACUCCUCUCAAAAAGUCACUUGCCUCAGUGACUGAGCAACGUAAGAUUUUGAAGACUGAGGUCUCGAAGCUAAAUUUUGAACUGGAGAAGGUACUGGGGCAGAUCUCUUCGGCGAAGAAUGGGCAGGUAAAAGAGGGGGGAGAGAAGGAUGAGGAGGAAGAAAGGGAGUAAUGGG